AUGAUAACUUUGUUUCCGAUAUCAAAAAUUUUUAAUAAAAUAAAUGAAAAACAAUGUUUUAACAAUUUUAAUUUAUUAAAUAAAAGAAGUAUACUUAUGAGUAAUGUAGGACUACGUUGUAUAAGUACAAGUAUGAAUAAUAUUAAUUUAAUAAUUAAAAAGAAUAUUUUUAAGAAUAAUAUCAAUAAAUUUAAUUUGACAGAUAAAAAAAGUGUAUUUAUAAAUAAUAUAAGAUGUUGUUAUAUAAAUACAAAUAUCAAUAAAUAUAUGCAAAAUGAUAAAGAUAAAUAUUUUUUUAAAAUAUUCAAAAGAAAUAAAAUGGUAAAAACUAGUUCCUAUAGAAGAAAAAGUAGAAGUUCUCCAAAUGGCCAGGGGCAAAAGGCAAAAAUCGGAAUAAAGAGACUAAGUGGUGAAUAUGUAAAAACAGGACAGAUGCUGGUAAAACAAAGAAAAAUUAUAGCAUUUAAUUAUGAAAAAAAAACAAGAAAAAGAAAUUUCAAAUAUUAUCCUGGUGAAAAUGUAAAAGUUUCAAAAAAUACGAGCUUAAUUGCUUUAACAAAUGGAAGAGUUAAAUACACUUUUCAUGUUAUACAAAAUAUUUUAAUUGUUAAUAUACUACCAGAAGAGUUAGAAGAAUUAAAAGAAGAAGAUUUAUAUAGAUACAGAACAGAACAUGUAAAAUCAUUUGAAGAAAACAGAAGCUUAAUUUAUUUAAGGAUGAAAAAUGUUAUUACAUUUCCAAAAUUUAAAAAAACUCAGUAUAUUAAACCACCAUUAAAACCUCAAUUUCUAACAAAAUAUGAUAUUUAUGAUAAUCCCACUCUCCAAAAAGUACCUAUUCUAUAUCAUAAAAAAAAAUAA